AGUAUGUAAAUCAACAAUAUUUUUGGAGCCACAAGCUAUAUGUGGUUCUUGUGCUUCAUCUAACCAAAGGUUCUAAAUUCUACACCAAACCCCCCCACAAAAAAACUACUAGUAUCUCUUUACAAACACACAUUAACCACAUAAACAACAAUCCUCAUUCUCAUUAACAACCAUUUUUCCAUCUAGCUUUUACAUCAUUAGAAUUCAUUUUCAUGGCAAUUACUUCAUCAGUUAAUGCAAUAGGGUUCUCUUCAUCUUUCCAUGGAAGUUGGGGUACUUCUGUAGUUGGUGAAGAUUAUUCUACCUUGGUUGCUAAGACUAAAGUACAAACCAUGGUUCGAGUUGGGAAGCCGUUAAAAUCCGGGCCAAGGAUGGGUAAUGUCAAUGAAGGAAAAGGCGUGUUUGCGCCGUUGGUUGUGCUUACUCGUAAUAUCGUUGGAAAGAAACGGUUUAAUCAGAUCAGAGGAAAAGCAAUUGCUUUACACUCACAGGUAAUCACAGAGUUCUGCAAAUCGAUAGGGGCAGAUCAAAAGCAACGACAAGGGCUGAUUCGUUUGGCAAAGAAAAACGGUGAAAAACUUGGAUUCCUGGCUUAAUUAGUAAUUUGCAUAUCAAAAAAGAUUCUAGAAUUUGAUGAGAAAGUACCUCCAUAGUAUGUAUGAAAAAUCUUUCCAGAUGUAAAUACUUUCUUCAUCUGGUAAACAUAUAAAUCGAAAUAUUCAUGUAUCUACACCUUAUUCACUUCA